CGGGCAGGAUCCCGCCACAUUCGCUCAGUGGCCGCGCGGCGAACUCGACAUCUCUCCAGCCAAAACUUGCCCAGCGAAAUGUCCGCGAUGUGUGCUACGCAAUGGUUCAUCCUAUUCUCGGUUCUCGCCGCCGCGGCUUCGGCUAAAAGUUUGAUCACGGACUCUGACAUAAUUGACAAUGACAUGAAGACCCUGGCAGUGCAGCUGGACGAGCUGAAGGCUUCCCACAACGAGGACAUAGCCAGGCUCCGGAGAGAACUAGAGGAGCUAAAGCACCCCCAGUUCUCUUCGGCCGAGACCAGCCACCACAACGAGCAGGCCACGCUGCAGUGGUGCCGCAGCGCCCUCCACGAGCUCCGGUCCGACCUGACCGAGCUGGCCGAGUCCGUCUCCAACUCCGUGCUGCUGAAGCAGAUGCAUGUCAUGAGGAAUGAGAUCAAGCAAAUGAAGACGGACGCAGCUGACCUGACGCAGUUGGCCCGGACCCAGGAGGCGCGCGUGGACAAGCUUGAGGCCGACGUGGGCCGGCUCAAGUACGAGGGUCAAACCCUGAGGGCCAACAGCGCUGAACUCCGCGCCUUGAUCUCCAAGCUUAGCAAGGAGCUGAAGAAGCGAGCUGAGUACGAGGAGCCAGGGGUGUACAACGACGUGGUGAUGGAAGACGGGGCCCGCAUGGUGCAGAUGAAGCCUCCCAACGGACACAAGUACCGCCACAGCAAGAUGGUGCACACCCAGAUCGCCCGUCUCGCUCGCACCCAGGACCAGCUAGACCUCUACCAGCAGAACCUUCAAACCCAGAUCCUGGACGUCCAGAAACGUUUGGAUCGGCUCGGCGAACCCAACUGGGACCUUGUCACCGCCAAAGUGGAAUUUCUGGAGCUAGAGGGGAAAGUGAUAAGGGAGCAGAUAGCCAACGUGUCGAGGGACGUAUCUGACCUGACCAAGGUGCAUUCGUCGAUCCUGGAGCUUCGCGAGGAUAUAGAGAAUGUGGAGAACAAGGCGGACAAGACCAUACCGGAGUUCCGCAAGGAGAUCUCAAAGCUCGAUGUCGGCGUGGCUCAGUUGCACGCCCAAGUGUCCUACAUGAAGGAGGACCAGGAGAACCUGCGGCAGUCGGUCAAGGCCAUCGCCGUGAGUGUCAGCAAUACCAUCGACCGCGCCGAGAUGGACCGCCUGGAUAUGCAGCGCAUCAACGAGUCCAUCACGCAGCUGAAGAGCCACUCCAAGCAGCACUUCUACCGGCUUAAUGACCACAUUUUGAAGAGCGAGGCCAACUCCGCCCCCGCCCCGCUGGCCGCCAACGACACUCAGAUCAUCACCCUGCCGGAGCUGAUGGGCGAGGUGAAGGAGCUGCAACCCGUGGAGCGCGAGUACGAGGACCUGGUGAGCCAGCUGCCCCGCGACUGCGGCACCGUGGGCGGCGCGGCCGGCGUCUACCUCAUCCACCCCGGACGCGUGCCGCUCGACGCCUGGUGCAGCAACGGAACCACCCUCCUCCAGCGACGCUACAACGGAUCCAUCGAGUUCAACCGCAACUUCCAGGCUUACGCGGACGGCUUCGGAGACCCCGCCGGAGAGUACUGGAUUGGCCUCGAGACCAUGCACCAGCUCACCGCCGACAACUGCUCCUCCAUGCGCAUCGACAUGACCGACAUCUACGGCGGCGCCUGGUACGCUCAAUACGAACACUUCAGCGUUGGUGAUGCGGAUGGCGGCUACGUACUGACUGUGAGCGGCUUCAAGGGCAACGCGAGCGACGCCUUCGACUACCAGAACCACAUGGAGUUCUCCGCCGUGGACCGCGACCGGGACAUCAGCAACACGCACUGCGCCGGCAACUACGAGGGCGGGUGGUGGUACUCGCACUGCCAGCACGUCAACAUCAACGGCAAGUACUCCCUGGGACUGACCUGGUUCGACGCCGCCCGCAACGAGUGGAUCGCCGUGGCCACCAGCGACAUGCGCCUGCGCCGCCGCCCCGGAUGCGCCUAGACUCACCCGCUCUACCCACGACCAACGCAACGUCAUUAUUACCCAUACCAAAGAUACACACUAGUGCGUGGCUAAAUGUUAUGCUUCUAUACGCCGAUAUUUAUGUCUCUUUUGGCGACUCACUGUACCUAUUCGUUAGAGUGAUCGGCUGUUUGUAGAGAGCCUGAUCCUCGUCAAUGUAUACUUAGAUAAUUCAGUAGCGAUACAGAAGUUAUUAUUAUGGAUAUUCUUAGCGUUUCAUGUUUAAAGGUAGUUUUAUUUAAUGAUUUUUGUAUAAAUAUGUUGGCGGACUUAUAUCGCAUUAAAUACUAUUUUAAGUCAUGGAAGUUAAUUAAUUACAAGUCAUAUAAUAUUAUUUCACUGUGUGCAUUUAAUGCAAUUAUUUUAUAGUUAAAAUGAUUAUCACUUAAGUACCUUUAUCACAUUCCAAUUAUAUUAUUAAUUAGUACAUAGUGUACUUUACAUAAUCAUGUUAGUUAUUGGAAAUCUGAUAAAACAUUUGAAUUAUUUAGUUGGUAUCAUUUUGUUUGGUGGAAAGAAAUGGUAUUGCCCAUGCGGCGGAGUAUAGAGUAAUUUCUUGAAUGUAGAAAGAAGAAAGACUGUUUAAUUUAAUUUUUAACUAUAAAACCUACUUACAUAAACAUGUUGACUGAACAUAAUUUUGACCGAUAAGUAUUAUUGAUAAUUUUCUCUCGUUUAUUGUCAUAAUUGAUUUUCUUGGGAAAAUCUUAUUUUUGACUUGAUUUCAUAUCUUAUUUUAAUUUUAAAAGUACUUAUUUUUAAUUGCAUUCAAUUUUGUUUGCUGAUUUGAUUUAUAAAGUUCAGGAACUAUUUUAUUUUACUUAUAAUUUCUAUGUUAUUUCUGUAUUUAUUACUGUAGUUAAAUUACAUACAUAUACUUAGGAUUAAGCAAGUAUAACUAUUCAUUAAAUAUUUAUCUAAUUAGUAUCGUAGUAGGAAUAUACGACAUAUCUUACCUAACUAUAGAUGUUUUCCGUAAAAGGAACUAAUAGUAUCAUAUUUAACUUACACAGAAAUGAAAUAAAAAAUACAAAAAAAAUGUUUGUGUCACCGAUUACCGUAACUCAAUAUCACUAUAUUCACAUAUUACUGUUUCGUAGAAUGUUUAAUCAACGUAAUUUACCAAUGGAAUUUACCAAAUAAAUCAACUACUCACAUAUGCAA